AUGGCGAAUCCAAGGGCCAGCCCUGCGGGGCUGCUGGUGUUGCGUCCCAGAGCCUUCAGCAGGACACGGGUGCAGACAAGCAUUCCAGGUUCUAGAACACAAAAUGAUGAAGUACCUUUGGAUAGCCAUACAAAGUGUUCACAAGAUGCUGCAGUUUUCGAACACGACGUCGGGGCUUCUCCAUCGAUCACUGGUGGCUUCCAGCCAUUAGCGACGUCCAUGAGCGCCUUGAAAGGCAUGCUGCUUAAUGAUUCUCAGAUGAAAAUUUUGAACAAGGCUAUCAAUGUCCCGGCUGACGUGCUGGUGGGCCGCUGUGCGUCGCAAUCGGUGCGAUUCCCGGUGCAGCAAAUCCUGCGCACCACCUUAUUCGUGGCUUAUCACGUCGCACCUAUCUUGGCGUUUAUCGGAAUUUUAACCCAGUCCGACUUGGCGAGCCAUAUCGCGGCCAGUGCCGAGCUGACGGCAACGGUUUGCGCCAUGCUAUUCUCCGCUGACACAGCGGAGUCCGCAAUCCCAUUACCUUUGCCGGUCGAGGCCAUUGCCGUGGCAUCCUCCCUUUUAGCCGCCUGGAUGAGCCUUUGCGCUGCAGCGGCGGGCCUGGCACAUCUGGAUCCCCACCAUCUGAAUGUGAUGGCGACCAUGGAACAGGCUUUCGACCUGGUCAUUUCGAGCUCCUGUUUGUCGGAGAGCUGCGAGGAACUGAUGGACCUUAUAGCACCUGGAUGGCAGAUGAUGUUGCAGCAGAUUGUCGCGAUUCGGAGGCCAGCAGGCAGCACAAAGAUCAGUGAUGAAAGAGGGGAGAAUUAG